GGGGGACAGUACACUAAAUCAAAAGACAGAGAGAAAGACCAAACAAAAAAACAAAACCUUCCAUUUCAAGAAAGCAUCGUUUUGUUUUUUUUUUCUCUGUCCGAAAAAUGGAAGAUCUUGAAGAUGAGUACAAGAAUUACUGGGAAACCACAAUGUUCUUCCAGAAUCAAGAACUCGAAUUUGACAGUUGGCCGUUGGAAGAAGCGUUUUCGGGUUCCGGCGAGACAAGUUCGCCGGACGGAGCGGCAACAUCGCCGGUGUCUUCGAAGAACGUUGUCUCUGAGAGGAAUAGACGGCAAAAGCUUAAUCAGAGACUCUUCGCUCUCCGAUCAGUCGUUCCCAAUAUUACCAAGUUGGACAAGGCGUCUGUGAUCAAAGAUUCAAUCGAUUAUAUGCAAGAACUGAUUGAUCAAGAGAAGAGGCUAGAAGCAGAGAUCAGAGAGCUGGAAUCACGAUCAAUGUUGCUAGAAAAUCCUCCAAGAGACUAUGAUUGCAUCAAUAAUUUCGCGGAAAAUCAGCAGCAAGAUCUCUCAGACAUAAAUGGCAUGAGGUCAAAGAAAUUCAAGCAUAUCGAUUACAAUACUUUCGGAUCAUCAAACACUAGAGUACAUAAUCACUCCCUCAUCGAAGUUCUCGAAAUGAAGGUGACGUGGAUGGGAGAGAAGACAGUGGUGGUAUGCAUAACAUGUAGCAAGAAGAGAGAGACAAUGUUGCAGCUUUGUAAAGUGUUGGAAUCUUUGAAUCUCAACAUUCUUACUACUAACUUCUCUUCCUUUUCCUCUCGUCUCUCCACCACUCUCUUCCUCCAGGCGGAUGAAGAAGAGAGGAGUACAGUAGAGACGAAAAUACAAACGGCAAUUGCAGCUUAUAAUGAUCCAAAUUAUCUUAUCAACUUAUGAUUGAUUUCUUUGUACUAAAAUCGGUUUUAUGCAAUAUUUGUGAAGAGGUAUUGUUGUAAGAUGGUACUAUUGGUUCAUUUGAGCUUCAAAGCAUCUG